AUGAGUGGGCCAGUGACCGCCAGUACGGUGUUAUGGUAUAUCCCUAACCAGAUCGGUUAUAUGCGUGUUGUAACUUUGGUGGUGUCAUUAUUCACUAUGAGAGAUCAUCCCGUGGUAACGACCUUGUUUUACGGAGUGUCGUGUCUUUUAGAUGCUUUGGAUGGUACCAUGGCUAGGAAAUACGGCCAAGUGAGUGGGUUGGGAGCUGUGCUAGAUAUGGUCACAGAUAGGUGUACCACUGCAAGUCUUACAUGUUUUUUAGCAGUGGUUUAUCCCCAAUGGUGUAUUUUAUUCCAAAUUUUAAUCUCUCUGGAUCUAGCGAGCCACUAUAUGCAUAUGUAUGCUAGUGCCAGUGGUGGGAAUAGUUCUCACAAGCAAGUAGGGCGCGAGUCUUCAAAACUUUUGCAUUGGUAUUAUACAAGGCGUGAUGUCUUGUUCACCAUAUGUGCGUUUAACGAAGUUUUCUACAUCGGAUUGUAUCUACAGGCGUUUGCCCGUUUCCACAAGUUGGGAUUGAUUAUCGUACUGGUAUGUCUGCCGGGAUACGCUUUCAAGCAGCUUACAAACGUCGUACAAUUGAAGCGGGCUGCUAUGAUCUUAGCGACAAGGGAUGCACAGGAGGCCAAUGAACGGCACAAGAGUAAAUAA